GGAAUUGCUUUUAAACAACAAUUUGUUACGAGUUUUGCCUUAUGAACUUGGACGGCUCUUCCAGCUACAAAACCUGGGUCUGAAAGGCAAUCCUUUAUCACAAGAUAUUCUCAGCCUCUACCAGGACCCAGAUGGGACACGUAAAUUGUUGAACUACAUGCUUGACAAUCUAGCAGUUCAUCCAGAGCAGCUGCCUCCAAGGCCAUGGAUUACGUUAAAAGAGCGAGACCAAAUUCUGCCCUCAGCUUCGUUUACUGUCAUGUGCUACAAUGUAUUGUGUGAUAAAUACGCUACCCGACAGCUCUACGGCUACUGUCCUUCCUGGGCUUUAAACUGGGAAUAUAGAAAAAAGGGAAUCAUGGAAGAAAUUGUGAACUGGGAUGCAGAUAUCAUUAGCCUUCAGGAAGUGGAAACCGAGCAAUACUUCACCCUCUUUCUGCCAGCAUUAAAAGAGCGUGGAUACGACGGAUUUUUUUCUCCAAAGUCACGUGCCAAAAUCAUGUCUGAGCAUGAGCGAAAACAUGUGGACGGUUGUGCAAUAUUCUUCAAAACCGAAAAGUAUGAAACCACUUCAUACAAUGGACGGCCAGCUGCUUAUAAUAGCAAAUGCCCAUAUGCAUUGGGACCCUGAAUAUUCGGAUGUAAAGCUUGUCCAGACGAUGAUGUUUGUCUCUGAACUUAAGAAUAUCCUUGAGAAAGCCUCUGGUCGUCCCGGAAGCCCAACAGCAGACACAAAUUCCAUUCCUAUGGUGCUGUGUGCAGAUCUGAACUCACUGCCUGAUUCAGGUGUUGUGGAAUACUUAAGCAAUGGAAUAGUGGCCGACAACCACAAAGACUUCAAGGAGCUGCGUUACAACGAGUGUCUCAUGAACUUCAGUGGCAAUGGAAAGAAUGGGGCUUCUGAAGGAAGAAUCACUCAUGGUUUUCAACUCAAGAGCGCCUAUGAAAACAACUUGAUGCCUUAUACUAAUUACACUUUUGAUUUCAAGGGUGUAAUUGACUAUAUUUUUUAUUCCAACACUCACAUGAAUGUGCUUGGUGUCCUGGGGCCUCUGGAUCCUCACUGGCUGGUUGAGAACAACAUCACUGGGUGCCCCCACCCUCACAUCCCUUCCGACCACUUCUCACUGUUGACUCAGCUCGAGCUCCACCCUCCAUUCCCGCCUCCGGUCAACGGCAUCCAUUUGCCAAACAGGAGAUAGCGCUGCUCUCCCUGGAGGGCAGGGACACCCCCCCCCCUUUGUCCCUUUGUUUAUGGACUUGUACAGUUGUAAAUCAAAGUCUGUAGGAGUGAAGUAUGGCCAACCUUUUUAAUAGCUGCUGCUUCAUGCUCCUUUCCGUUUUCGUGUGUGUUGACAGUACAAUUUUGCACAUUUUUUUCGGUGCAUAUUGGUACCACUUGGCACUAGGGCUGGAACCAAAGUUGUUGUUUGUUCCCUUUUUCAAUGGGGUUUUUUUUUUUCCCCUUUUUGGUUUCGUUCUGAAGGUACAGACCCAAAGUAUAGAGAGAGAAAAGGCGGUGGGCUUUACGUGUUUUUAACAGAAAGCUGCCUUAAUCAACGGUCAAAUCAAAAAGGAGGGAUUUGCUUAUAUGUAUACAUCCAUAGCUAAAGUUUUUGUAAUCCCCCCCCCAAUUUUUUAAAUCAGUCAUAGCCAGAUGAGUCCUUCCCCCUGCUCCCAAAUCACUCAUUUAAAAAAUAAAAAAAAACUCCCCUGCACUAGAUUAGACAACAUAUAUUGGCCCCGUAGGGCAGCUGUUUCUCAACCUUGGGAAUUUAAGAUUCUCCCAAAAUGACUUCAGGGCUGACUAUAUGGACUUCAACUCCCAGACCACCUUAAAAUCCCCAAGGUUGAGAAACAUGGCUGUAAGGGAAUUUGUGUAUCAUUGGAAAUAGCACUUAACUGUUUUUAAUGUUGAUUCCGAGUUCAAAUUUGUUCACUUCCCAUUUGAGCUAACAAAGUAGCGAGAUGUUAGUCUUCCUGCCAUUUAAAAAUUUUUUUUAAAAAAAUUGCUCUAUGCAGGAGUGAGCUUUUCCAGAAAUACCUGAUGGUACCUGGCACUAAGUUGCCAGGGUGUUCUGCCCUGCUGCACCACCCCCAUUUCUGAACUCUUAAAAACUUGCAUGCUCUGAUGUGAAAUUCACCGAAUCACCUCCCUUUGCACUAAGGGGCAAGGAUGAGUCUGAACCUCUGGCUUGAAGCCAUGUUCUCUACCAGGAAAGUAAGAACAGCACCUGUCUUUCACUCGAAGGGAAUGACAAACUGGAUCACUUCAGAGAAACACAGGUAGCGAGACGUGGGAACCACAAUAAAUUCAGGACAGCCAAUUAAAUCCUGCAUUUAAAAUCGGCGAUGAGAAUUCUCCUGCGAAAAUGUCCACCGCAUACAAAGAGAUUCCAACCCAAACUCGACCCUUCUUUUAAUUUUUUUUUUGUAAAUCAUAAACCCCUUCCGCUCCCCUUUUAAGGUAUUUUGUAAAGAAAGGUUAGUAGAAGUGAAGUGGGAGAUAAAUGUUUAGUUCCACCGGAUUAUUAUUUUUUCUCGGUGCAAUUUUUUGUUUCGAUACAAAAAGCGAGAAUAAUGUUAACCUAACCAUUCCCUCGGCAUUUUUCCCUUCCUUUUUUUUUCUGAACCCUUGUCGCCAAAUAGCCAUGUCAUGCUUUUAAU